AUGAUCCUCAUCCAAGCCCUCGGCUCCAACGGGUCAGGCCAGCUGGGCAUCGGCCACAAAGAAGACGUCUCGGCCCCCCAACCCGUGCUCCUCCCGUCUUCCAUCACCACCGCCAGCCCCCCACCAAAACUCAAAAGCAUAGCAGCAGGCGGAAACCACACCCUCCUCCUCUUCGAAUCAGGAGACCUCCUCUGGAGCGGCGACCACACCACCGGCGCAUGCGGGCCCGUCACCACCACCGCCGCCACCAGCCCAGACGACAACAGCAACACCACCACCUCCUCCUCCCUCACCCCCCAAUUCCGCCCCGUCGACCUAACCUCCCUCCCCCCAGGCUCCAAACCCAUCCACGUCGCAACCACCUGGACCGCCACCAUCCUCGUCACCACCACCACCAGCCCCGUAUCUGCCCGUGCUUGA